UAUACUCUGCUUCAUCUUCUCUUACUGUCGAGCUAUUCGCCUCUCGUUUCCUCCUCUGCUAGAAUUGUGUUCCUCAGGAGAUCCGUUCCAUGGAGGCAGGAGUGGGGCUGAUUGUGGACUGCCGAACACGGACCUGAUUGAGAUGUCAUGUGGAGUAGCUGCCUGCUCUGAGGUGACAGGAAAUCACACAAUCUACUGCAUUUAGUUCUCAACACUUGGACGCUCUUAACAAGAGUCCAGAGGGAGGGAUGGAGACUCCAGCAGCUGAGAAAUCAGGAAUGUCUUCAAUGGAGGGCUCUCAUUUUAUUUCACUCACUUUACCAGCCCCAGCCAAUCAGAGGAGGCCCUGAUUGCGAGGACCGGAGUGGCUUGAUUCAUGUACAGCACAUGUUUUAAAGGGAAUGUGAUUUUCACAAUGUUAGAAGGGACCUGAAUGUAUGUAAUCUGUGUGUAUGUGCUUAUUCAUGUAUUAACAUCUGUCUUCCGUUAUUGCACAAUAUUACCAUCAACCUUUAGGGAGUGUCAUUGGAAAUCAGUGAGCUAUUAUUUAUGAGUAAAGUGCUAUUGACCCAUGAGUAAUCAUUCCUACAUGUAUUAUCAGUAGUUUUAUGACCGGCUUGAUCAUAUUUCACCCAACCAAAAGCCAGCAGUGUCAGUAUAAUUCGAAGACAUGUCUAUAUCUGAAGUCAGGAUACUGCUAAGGAACUCUACAGGUUUGGGGAAUAGCAGUGACACUGGCCUCCGCAAUGUGGAGCAGGUCUUGGUCCCAAUAUUAGAUGUACUGAUUCUGGUGCUGGGAGUUAGUGGGCAAACCAUGGUGAUGGUGAUCCUGUGUGGACGGCGGAGGAGUGGGGCGGGACAUAUUGGACAGUCUUCUCAAAGCUCCCAAACAGGCACAGGAACUGAUGUCCUCCUGCUGGCUCUGAGCGCUGCAGACCUGCUUUUUCUCUGUGUGCUUCCCUUCCACACUGUCGCCUCAGCCAUGCAGCAAUGGCCAUUUGGGGAAUUCAUGUGUCGCCUUGUGAGCUUCUUUGGAUCAGCUUGGUCCUCUGCCAGCGCCUUCACACUGGCCACACUGGCCAUAUCUCGCUAUCUAACUGUGGUAAAACCUAACAGAGCCUUCAGCCUCCUCUCCCCUCGCCGGGUGUCUAUAGCUGCUGCACUCCUCUGGGUCCCAGCCUGCUGUCUAGCUGCUCCCCAGCUCAUUUUUCGCUUUGUGGGAUCCCCACAAGCCACUGAUGGCAAUGCUUGCUUUGCUUUCCUGUCCCACCGAGACCAGCUGAUCUAUGGAUUGCUUCACUUCUUCGUGGCCUUCUUAUUUCCACUGGUCACCAUUGCAGUGGCGUAUGGCAGCAUCUACAUGUUCCUGUGGGGGAAGCAGCAUGCUGGCAGGGUCCCCCAAGUAGAACGCUACCAGAGCAAAGUGACCCAGACGUCAGCCAUGCUGGUGCUGGCUUUCACCCUGUGCUGGCUGCCAUCCUAUGGUCUGACGCUGGCCUUAUUGGCGGAUGAUGUAUCAGGGGCCACUGGCGCCUCACCACGUUAUGGCACCUUCAGUGUGUUUUCACGUCUCAUGGCGACCUCCUCUACAGUGAUGAACCCCAUUCUCUAUGUACUUAUGUCCCAAAAGUUCAGACAAGACCUGCUGAGGCUGUUCAAGAUUGGAGGGCAAAGAGCCAGUGUUGCUGUGGAUAUGGCUGCUGCCUGACAGUAUUACUAUCAACAACCUGCUUGAUAUAUGUGAACACCUAACAAACAAACACUGAGCAAACCCUGACUACUGGGAAUUCCAGUAGAACAAUUACAAGCUGAGUUGCUUUGCUGAAAGACUUGCAUGGAAAAAAAGUGGACACAAUCAUCACCCUCAUGAGGAAAGUAUACUAAACAAGGCAAAACAACAGCACUCACAGCAGCAGGCAAUGUUCAACAUCUUUUCCUCUUUACAACAUAUACUGGUAGUCUGGAUAUUGUACAAGAGGAUCAAACAGUAAGCCCUGGGAAGUGCCGCACCACGGGGACAGUGGGACAAACAAUCCUGAAUCAUGCAUUCCUUGUAAAACAGUUUAAAGUAAAGGCACUUUGGUAAAACAU